AUGCGCGGAAUGGCAACCUCAAUCUGGAGUAUGGGCCCACUGAUUGGACCUGUAGUAGGCCCAAUUGCUGGAGGAUUCCUAGGCGAAGAGGUUAGCUGGCAAUGGAUCUUCUGGUUGCUGCUCAUUGCAGGUGGUGCUAUGCAGCUUGGUAUCGAGCUGCUUAAUAAGGAGACAUACGCCCCUGUUUUGAUCAAAUGGAAAACCGCAAAGCUGGCAAAGGAACUGGGUCGCACGGACUUACAAAGUGUCUAUGAUGUUGGUAGCGAGACCCUCUCAGACAGCCAGAUUCUUAAGCGUAGUCUGAUUCGACCGGCUCUGCUUCUUUUCAAAUCGCCUAUUGUGUUGCUUCUUUCAGUCUACAUGUCGCUUGUCUACGGUCUACUCUACCUCUUUUUCACGACCAUCUCCGAUGUCUUCACGAGUACCUAUGGCUUUACUGUCGGACUAUCCGGUCUCGCAUACCUCGGCAUUGGUGUUGGAUUCUUUGGAGGUCUUGUCUUCAUCGCCUUGACGAAUGACCGCCUCGUUCAGAAACUCACUGCUCAGAACAAGGGCAAGUUCGAGCCAGAAAUGCGUCUUCCGACAAUGAUCAUUUUUUCCUGCAUCCUGCCUAUUAGCUUUUUCUGGUAUGGGUGGACCGCCGACAAACAUGUCCACUGGAUCGUGCCUAUUAUUGGCAUGUUUCCGUUUGGUGUCGGCAUGAUGGGUGUCUUCAUGCCCAUCCAAACAUAUAUCAUUGACUGCUACCCAGCCUAUGCAGCGUCGGCCAAUGCUACCUUGACGGCAACGAGAUCACUUGUCGGUGCAUUCCUUCCACUCGCCGGCCCAGCCAUGUUCGACAGCCUUGGUCUCGGCUGGGGAAACUCGUUGCUUGGAUUCCUCGCACUCGCUUUUGUUCCAAUUCCGAUAAUCUUCACUAAAUAUGGCAAGAAAAUUCGAGAGAAGUGGCCUGUAGACCUCUAA